AGAGGGAAUGAGCCGAGGCAGCUGUCACUUAACAUGUGAAUGUUCUGAGGGGCGGCCCAGGGGUCUUUAGAAACCUCUCCUUUUUUUGCCCCCCUAGCCACCCCAUUUUUCAAGCAGAAGCAGCAUGGAGUUUCUGAGCCACAGUCAGACCCAGAGGAGGGGCUUUGUUGGAUGAGAAGGGGGGAGAGAGGGAGAGAAAAAGCCUCUGGAAGGUAAAAGGGGGCACUUUGCCGCCUUGCUGCCUGGUACAGGAGCAACCUGAGCAGCAGCAGUGCUGAUGGGAAUGCCGCCGCUUCAUCGUUAUAUGGAACUGGCACAAACUGACCUCCAUGUGAAAACCGCUCUUGGCUGGGAACUGUGGGAGUUCAGCUGAGCCGUUGGAAUACAUUGUCUCCAUCUGGGCGCACUAUCCCAUCAGCGGCGUUAACAAGGAAGGAAUUCCUCUAUCACAGCUCCCACAACAAAGAAGAAAGGGAGAGGAGCAGAGCUGGUGGGAGGAGAAGUGAAGUGAGGGGAGGGGAGGGGUGCACUGUGAGGGGAGAGGAGGACAUUGUUUGCCUGUGACUGUGGGCAACGGAAAAGCAUGAGUUAUCAGGGCAUGUGUGAGUGUGUUUAGAAACUGUGUUUGUAUGCAUUUGGAUUGAGUGUGUGUUGAAGGGAGUAUGCAAGUGUAUGUGUGUGUGUGUGUGUGAGGAGCCUUCAGUUUGGGAUGUUGGGAGCUGGGAGGCUGUUCAAAGGAUGCUCAAACAAAGCUGGACUUUUUUUUUCUCUUUCUCUCCUUUUUGAAUGGUGAUUGAGGACCGGCUGGAUUCCUUUACUCAUGCUGUUGCGCUCAGCUCUGCUUCAGGGUAGCUGGAGAACCCCUUGCAUGCAUGGCCGAGGGGCCUUACCUCACCUAUUACCUCACUAGCCUCUUGGCUGUAGGAUUAUGGGUAACCUCAUCAGCCGGCCCAGCUGCCUGGGCCAGAAGUCCAAGCAUGUGAGGACAGAUGAGGCCUUCCUGAAAGAGUGCUACCAGCGACGAAGAGAGUGGCAGUCCCCAGAGCAACAUGGGGAGACUAAACAAGAAGAAGCUGUCGAAGACAUAUCCAGAGAGGAUGCGGACAAGGACAGAGAAUUGGAGAAAGACAAAGAGAUACAGGAAAUUGAUUAUGUGAGAGAGGAGGGGACUCGUACUCCCAUUUCAGACAAACCCCUCCGCAGCUCUCCUGCAUCCACAAUAAGAAGUAGCAGUACUCUGGAAAAUGCCUGGCACAACAGUCCAUCACCAAUAAAAACAUCCAGAAAUGGGACACUAACAAAGAGAACAGUGGCACCGGAGUUUGCCAGAUCCCCUCUGGCUUAUCCCGACAACAACAGUGCAGAGAGGAGGGCCAGCUUCCAGAGGAGAGACUCUCGAGAAGGAAGUCCAUGGUCCUGGAAGACUGUAGCAUCACGUGAGGUUACAGAGGUGACAGAGGUGACGGAGACGAUCGUAACGGAAAUUGUAGAAGUGACAGAGUAUCCGUCGGGAGAUAAAGGAGGAGACCCAAUAAUCACCAGAACUGUUAGAGUCCUGAAUGGUGUGGCCGAGGAGCUUGCUGAGCUCCAAAGUGAUGGACAGUCAAGUUCAGACCAGGAUUCCAGCCUGGAUAGAUGGAGGGGAACAAGAUCUGCCUUGGCACUGCAGGAUGUGGCAACAGACUCCGAGACUUUUCUCCAAAACCUGAACGCUUUGCUCACAUGGGUCGGUGAGAUAGAGGAGCUCACAGCCAAUCAGAAAGCCCCAUCCUCAGAGGUCAAAGUGGUGAAAGCUCAGCUCCAAGAACAAAAGCUCUUGCAACGCCUCCUGACAGACCGCCGGCAAAGCAUGGACUCCAUGAUGUUAGAGGGCCCUCGGUUGGUGGAGGCCCACCCAGGAGAGGAGGGGGAGCAGGCAAAGGUCAAGCUCUCCACUCUCAAACAGAAGUGGGAGGCCUUACAGCUGGAGGCAGAGCAAAGGAGGGGGAGUCUGGAGCUCAUUCUUCCCAGGGCCCAGCUUUUCCAGAAAGGAGCAGACAGUCUGCAGCAAUGGUUCAUAUCUGUAGAACAGACCCUAGCUGAACUACGAAAUGCAGAGAGAGUGAUGCUGCAUAUCUCAGAGGCCACCGAUCGCGGCAAGGCAGUCGUUACAGAGAUACAGGUCAAAACCUCAGAGUUAGGGAAAAUACAAAAGUUGGGACGUGAUCUGAUGGAAGCAAUUUCAGAGGAGGAAGCCCAGCAGGUGCAAGAGAAGAUGGACACUCUGCGUAUCCGCUGCUCUGUGUUGAGUCUGAGCAGUCUGGAUGUGCUGCAGAGGCUGGAGCAGGCCCUGGAGGCCGCUAGUCGGUGCACCUCCAGCCAGGAGGACCUCCACCUGUGGCUGGGCCGCAUUGAGAGGGAGCUCCUGGGAGCAGCAGGAGCACAGACACAUGCUGGAGACGCAGUUCUGUGUGCAGCUGAGAGGCAGAGGCUGGAGCAGGCGGUGGUGAAGGAGAUGGCUUGGUUCAAAAACACAGCGCUGGGUCUGGAAAAGCUGAAGACAAUUAAGCUGGAUCCAGAUCUCAUAGCAGGACAACUCUAUGAGCAGAAGAUUUUGGCUGUGGAGAUUCUCCAGCACAGGUUCAACAUUGAGAAGAUGGUGAAGAUCGCUGAAAUCCUGCUAACGUACAGUGAUGAAGGAGAAACAGGCGAUCUCCGGACCCCAAUAGAUGUGCUACAGGAACACUGCAACACCACCUCAGCCACCAAUUCCCACGUUGUUCUGCAGCUUGAGCACGCUCAAUCGCUUCUUCUCCAAUUCUGUGAGGGGCUUGCUGAGGUUUCACCCUGGUUAGAAGAAACUCAAGCCCUCAUUGGCCACCUCUCCCUGAGCACAAUUAGCUAUGAAGCAUUUCGGGAACAACAGGACCUCUUACAGGGUCUGAGAGAAUCUAUAGCAGAACACAGACCUGUGAUUGCACGCCUGUGCUCUCUGGCAAAACGCUUGUCAGAACUAAAUCCAAACCAGGGUGACGAGUUCUGUCGCAAGGCUGCAGAUGCUGAGGAGCAGCACAGAGCCAUUAGAGACCGGGUCAGAGAGACUGCCAGCGUGCUUGAGGAGUCACUACCACGAUUAACACAGCUGAACGAGAGGAUGACUCUCAUCAGAGAGAGUCUUGAUCGCCUGCGCAGUCGCAUACAGACUCCCACGUCACUUCAAGGACUCACCCCAAGGAUCCAGGAGCAGCUGCAGGACAACAAGCACACCCUGGCCGAGCUGUCCAAACUGGAGCUGGGCCUCAGCAGUGUUAAGACCCAGGCAGAUGAGCUGCUGGCUAACACACAAGCAGCUGGCGAUGGAUCCAUCGGCACGGCAAUCCAGGAGCGCGUGUCCAGCCUGUCCCAGCUUUGGGAUGAGACACACACUCAGGCCCAGGAGAGGGACAGCUGGCUGCUCAAACUCUUGGAUCUCGCCAUUAAGUUCUGGAGUGAUGUUGGGGAUGUCACGGCUGCUCUCAAUGAUGCUCAGCAGGCAGUUUUGGACCUCAAUGCUAGUCGGACAGACUCUGAAACAAUCCGCCAGAGCCUUGAAACCAUGCAGACUGUCAGGGAGGAUAUUGACAGUUUACAGGGAGAUCUGGACAUACUUGGCGUUGUGGGAAUGGACCUCAUGUCAGCAUGUGGAGAUACGGACAAACCAGAUGUCACCAAGAGCCUGGAUGAACUCUACUGCAUGUGGAACAACUUGAGCAAACUCUGGAACGAAAGUCACACAAAGCUGGAAGAGUCUUUGCGGCUGGCACUUCACUAUCAAGACACAAUGCAGGGUCUGUUUGAGUGGUUGAAGUCUGCGGAGCUGAGGUCUACUGAGGAGUUCAUGGUAGGAACUGACCUGGAAUCAGUUAAAGAGCAGCUGUGUGAUCUCAAGGAAUUCAAGCGAGAACUUUACCAGAAGAAGAUCGAGAUAGAAAGCCUGAACCAUCGCUUUGUGUGCCGACUGUCUCCAGGCUCUGAGCGCCCUGGCUCAGUCUCGCCGCUGUGUGACUUCCGAAUGCGCUGGGACAGCCUGGAGUCCGAGACGGUCAACAGACAGCAUCAGCUGGAGUGUGCUCUGUUGGGUCUGGGUCAGUUCCAAAACACCCUGGACGAGCUGCACACGUGGCUUUCUCGUACAGCGGAACAACUGCAGGGCAGCCAGCCAAUCAGCAUUGAUCUGCAGGCUUGUGAAAUAGAGCUGGCCAAACACAAGGUCUUGCGUAACGACGUCAUGUCCCAUGUUCGCACGGUGGAGUCCCUGAACCAGGCUGGCAGGGGGCUGCUGGAGGUCGGGUAUGGGGACAGUCCACACGGUCUGCAGUCUCGACUUGAGCAGCUCAAUGAGAGCUGGGAGUUUGUUCGCUGCGAGACUGAACGCAGGCAGCUGGAACUGGAGAACAGACAGAGUCAGGUCCAAGAUGUUACAAUGGAGAUUCAGGAUCUCCUGCAGUGGCUGGAGAACACAGAUCUCAGACUGUCCUCCUCCAAGACCAUGUGGGGAAUGCCAGACUCUGCCAGUGAAAGGCUCAGUGCACACUUGGAGUUGUACAAUGAGAUGGAGUCGAAGCUCCACGCCUUCACAGAUGUGAAGAAUGCCGUCCACAGGAUGCUGGAGAGCAGCGAUGUUGUGCGGGGGUCGAGCACCGAACACAGCCUCUCUAUUCUUGAACAGAAAUGGGCAUCUGUUUACAGCAAAGUCCAGGAGCGAAAGGCGAAGCUUACAGAGGGACUGGGUCUGGCCAAGGAGUUCCACAGCAACGUCCAGGAACUUCUCACUAAGAUGAGCAAAUGUGAAGAGUCCAUCGGGCUUCUUCCUUCUCCCAGCUUUGUCCUGGACACCGUUUGUUCUCAGCUACAGGAUCACAGAACCCUGUUGAAUGAGGUGAGCUGUUACGGUGAGAAGAAGACCACAGUAGAGAACACAGGCUGCAGACUAAAUGAACUGAGCAGGAAGGAAGACUGCGACGUCAUACAUAACCUGAUAAUGACCGUCCAGGAUCGCUACAAAAAGCUCCAGCAGCGUACCUCAGACAGAGGCAGGAUGCUGGAGGAGGUCAAAAAGAACGCCAAGCGGUUCAGAGAAUCCUGGCGCCUUCUACUGGACUGGAUGACUGAAGUCGAACAGACAUUGGACACACAUAAAGAGAUCGCAGUGUCCCAUGAGGAGAUUAAACAACAGCUGAUUGAGCAGAAGGAGUUCCAGAAACUGCUGAGGUCAAAGAGGCCCAUGUACGAGGCCACACUGAAGAGCGGCCGCAGCCUCCACGAACGAGCUAAGACAAGCCAUGACAGACAGCAUCUGGAAAACCUGCUGGCUGAACUAAAAGACACAUGGGACACCAUCAGCGGCAAGUCUAUGGAGAGGCAACACAAGCUGGAGGAGGCUCUGCUGUUCUCAGGCAGAUUCACUGAUGCUCUCCAGGCACUCAAUGACUGGUUGUAUAGAGCUGAGCCCCAACUGGCUGAGGAUGUUCCUGUUGGUGGAGACAAAGACAUGGUCAAUAAUCUGAUAGACAAACACAAGGCGUUCCAAAAGGAGUUAGGGAAGCGAGCCGGAUGCAUUAAGACCCUGAAGCGUUCUGUGAGGGAUCUGACCAGGAGCAGCACAGCUGAUGCUCACUGGCUCCAGGAGCAGAUGGAUGAACUGGGGGGCCGCUGGGAGGCCGUGUGUAAGCUGUCAGUCAGCAAACAGGACAGGCUGGAAGCUUCAAUUCAGCAGGCAGAGAAGUUUGAUGGCCUUGUCCACUCUUUCAUGGAGCGCCUGACUGAGGCAGAGAGGGUAUUGAAAUACGGGCUUAUACCAGAGGAGGAGGAGAUCUUACUUGCCUUCCGCAAACAGCACGAGGAGUCGGUGAGUGCUUUGCAGUCUCAGGCUGUGGAGCUGCAGAACAUCCAGUGUCUGGGUGAGGAGAUCCUGGCCUCCUGUCACCCAGACUCUGUCAUCACCCUCAAAUCCUGGAUCAGUGUCACCAAAACACGCUAUGAGGAGGUUCGAACGUGGGCUCAGCAGCAGGGCCAGAAGAUCCACAGCAGCUUGGCGGCGCUGGAGGCGGAGAGAGAGGAAGUCCAAAGACUUCUCGACUGGAUCUCCUCCGCACAGGAAGCCCUCAACCUCAGAGACCAAGAGCCUCUGCCUGAGGCCACAGAGCACAACCAAGAACUCAUCGAGCAACACACGGUAUUCAUGGAUGAGUUGAAUAAAAAGUUUCCAGAGGUUGAACACGCCACAAAAUCCUGCAAACUCAAGAUUGUUCCUAAACAGCUAGUGUCUCCCAGCAAAAGGCCCCUCACAAAGAGGAGGAGCACUCUGAAGCUGCAGCCUGUUGUACCGGUUCCCCUGGAGCACCUCGACCCCCAGACCCCAGAGCUCAGUCAGCUGGUCGGUCAGUGGCAGAGGCUUUGGCUCCAGGCUGUGGCGAGACAAACCCGUCUGCAACAACACCAGCAAACACUCAAAGAGAUGGAAGAAUUUGCUAACUUUGACUUCAACAUGUGGCGAAAGCGUUACAUGAUGUGGAUAAGUCAUUUGAAGUCGCGCAUCUUAGACGUGUUCCGCUGCAUCGACCGCGACCAGGAUGGACGCAUCAGCCAGAAGGAGUUAAUCGAUUACGUCCUCGCCUCAAAGUUCCCCACCAACUCUCUGGAGAUGAAUGCAGUGGCAACCAUCUUUGACGUGAACAGUGACGGCUUCAUCGACUACUACGAGUUUGUGAGUGCACUACAUCCCAGCAGAGAUCCCUACAGGAAAACACUGGAUGCAGAUCAAAUCAAUGAAGAGGUGAGUCGACAGGUGUCACAGUGCAACUGUCCCAGGAGGUUCCAAGUGGAGCAAAUAAGUGCCAAUCGAUACAGGUUUGGAGAUUCACAGCAGCUGCGGAUGGUUCGUAUCCUGCGCAGCACGUUGAUGGUGAGAGUGGGAGGAGGCUGGACCGCUUUAGAUGAGUUCCUGGUGAAGAACGACCCCUGCAGAGUGAAAGGUCGGACUAACCUGAAGAUCAAGGAGAAGUACUUGUCUCCUGCAGGAAGCAGAGCCAAGGGUUUGACUGUCAGCAGGUCCAACUCGAGCCUCAGCCUCUACAGCAGUGCCUCUGCCCCCACCAGCCCCAUGACACGCAAGGCAUUACUCCGCAGGAGUUUAUCAGGUGACCGCUGCAUCCGUCCCAGGAGCUCCAUAGCUGCUUUGGGCUCUGAUCUACAGUUUGUCACAACAGGGGAGGACAACCCGUCCUCACCAUCAGACGAAGCUGAGAGGUUACCCACAUGAUCACCUCUGCCUCUGAGCACCACGUGUACGCUGCAGCGCUGAAGCCAAACACAGCCUGAGGCAGAGGGAGAAGCAGCUGUAUCAGGUCACAUCUGAGGAGCAGCCACUGACAGAACGGUUCAAAGGUCACCAGAGGUGAUGCCGAAGCGUCUUUGGAUGUGAUGAGUCUCUUUGAAGAUAAUGUGUGGAUAAUGCUUUUCAUUCACUAGUCUCUGAUUGCAAAGAGAGUAGAGAUUAAGAAGCUCUGCAUGGCUGCUUAUUGCAUGAUGGCCAGAGCCUUGCUAAAGUUAGAUUUUGUUUUUCUUUUCAGCUCGUUAUUCUUUUGUGGUUGUAAAGUUAAAGUCAAACAGUACCAGAAGCUGAGAGUAAUGCUCAGCAGAGGGUGUUAAUGUGCUGUCACUGAUUUGACACUGACAUACAGCUAGAACACUUUUGUAUAAGGUAUGUGAGGGUGCUGUACUGUUUGACUGCCCCCAUCCAAAAAUCACAGAUACCAAAACCAUGAAAGGGCACAGUACGCUGUCCUUCCUUUUUCAUGUUAUUUUUUUCAUUUCGUGAAGAUGGCAUUGAUGGCAGGGCCAAACUGUAUCAGUUUUUUCCUUUUUUUGACACCAUAUUUUCCAAUGAUUAUGUAUUUUUUAAUUGUUCUAUAUUGUAAGGAUGUUUGAAACAUUGGAGAUUGUGUAAUGAACAAUGCACUGAAGUGCAUCAGGUCAUCGUUGAUUUGUAGAGAUUAUUUUCUCAGGAUUGGUUUUACCUUUCGCUGUAUGUAUUUCCUCUGGAACGUUACUGUGAAAACUUAGACGUGUUGUUUUCUCUAUAACACAAAUUCCUAGGAAAGUUUUAUUUUCAGCACAUUAUUUCCAUUAAAAUGCACUUUUCUGUGUCCGACUACUGAUAAGGUUGUUUUGCUUAGUGCGAAAUUUGGCAGUUGUCAUGAGUAAGAGAAUUAAUUUUGAAAUACAAACUGUUAUUUCACUUUGUGUUUCAAAUAAAUGUAGAAUUUUUACAAUUGUGUUUGAGCAGAAUGCACUGGAGCUGAUGCUGUAUGGUUGAGCAGAGUGACUUUUUUAAGUGAAAUCUGCCUUUAGGUUGAAUUAUCUUUCCUUUCAAACAUCUUUUACCAAAAGCAGUAUAUAUAUCGACUAUUUUUUACGUUUUUUUGCUUUCGGUAUUUGAUUUUUCAGUUCUCCUGUCCAGUCAGAAAUUAUCUACAUGUUUGGGACUUCUCAUUUGUUUCCUCCGAUGUUCACUCAUGAUCCUGAAGAUACAAAUAUGCAUUGUUUUAGCAAAAACUACUGAAACACAGUCGUCCUGCUCCUGCUCUGUGUUGCACUGUGCCUGGAGCAGUACUUUACAUAUUUUAUCUCCUGUGUAAAGCUGUUUUCUAUGUAAGUGUCCCUUUGUACUAGAUCUUCUUAAGGCUGAAGACAGUAGCUUAUGUACAUUUGGUCUAUGCAGUUAUGAAAAGGAUUUUUUAAGGUCAAAAAUGUUUUUACAUGAUAACGUACUUUUUCCUCUUAGCCGCAGUGUGUUGAUGUCUGGAGAAGGUCGAUAGUUUACUGUACUGUAAAAAUACAAUAGCCAGAUUUCACUUCUAUUGCUAUGCAUCCUAAUCUUUCUGUACUGUAAAUGUUUCUAUACCCAGCACUCUUUCCGAUGUCUAAUUUAGGGAAACUGUAGAAGAAUGUCACUGAUAAACUGAAGUCCACUUGUAUAAAAAAUAAAUCCUUUUUGUAAUAAAAAAAUAAAUAAAAA